AUGCAUCAGAUUACCGAUGCGCCGAAAAAGCUGCGCAAAUCAUUCGUUGAGCGAGCAAGAUGGAAUCAUGAGAUUCGGAAUUCCAAUGAGCGGAAUGGGUUUGUUUUGGAAGACUUGCUGAGACGACUUUCUUGGCAAGAGCAAACGAAGCAGGUGUAUAACGGUAUCGAUUACUCUCGAAAGGCUUCGCCAUAUGGGAUCAGCAGAAAGCCGGCGGGAGAGUAA